AUUUUAGGUUAUGUUGUUGUUGUAUGUCAUCAGUUUUGAGUUUCAGUUUGUAAAUUUGUAAUAUAAUACCGUAUCCCAAGUCUACACAUUAGGCACAAUCCCUGAAAAUGGAUACUGCUAAUCAGGACAGUAAACAUCAGCAUUAUGAAUUGUUUUUGCAAGAGAUUGAGGGUAUAGAUGACUAUUGGGGUCCUACAUUCAGAGCGAUUUAUGAUGGAGAUGAACACCAAAAGUUCAUGGAGCAACUGGACGCCCGCAUCAAGAACCACGACCGAGAUAUCGAGAGGAUGUGCAACUUCCACUAUCAAGGGUUUAUUGACUCCAUCAGGGAACUGCUUCAAGUCCGCUCUCAGGCACAGAAACUCAAUAGUGAGGUUGUGGAAAUGGACGAAUCUCUACAGAAUUCGGCCGCCAAUGUGACAGAGAAGGCAGAAGAAUUAGUGAGGGCUCGCAAAGUAGAGAAGAACAUUGCAGGAGCAAUUGAAAACCUUUCUCAGUGUCUCCCUGUUCUCAACACGUAUGCCAAACUCCAGAAGCAGAUGAGUGAGAAGAGGUAUUAUCCCGCAUUAAAAACAUUAGAGCAGCUGGAACACCAUCAUUUGCCAACAGUCUCAAACUACAGAUUUUCUCAUCAGAUGAAGGAAAGCAUCCCAAAGUUAAGAGAGAGCAUUAAAGAAGCUUCAAUGUCAGAUUUGAAAGAUUUUCUUGAAAACAUUAGAAAGUUUUCUCCAAAAAUUGGUGAAGUUGCAAUGAGACAUACUGCUGAGCAGAUGGGAAGCAGUGAUCAAGGUAUAAUUGGUAAAAAGAAGAAGAAACAAGCUCCUCCACCACCAAACCCAUUCACAGGAGAGAUCAUAGACCCCAGUGUAGGACUGGACACAGAGGAGGACCUUAGUGCCCAGGAUCUCAUAGACUUCUCUCCUGUCUAUCACUGUCUUCUCAUCAAAUGUGUCAUAGAGAUUAUAGACCCCAGUGUAGGACUGGACUCAGAGGAGGACCUUAGUGCCCAGGAUCUCAUAGACUUCUCUCCUGUCUAUCGAGAGAUCAUAGACCCCAGUGUAGGACUGGACACAGAGGAGGACCUUAGUGCCCAGGAUCUCAUAGACUUCUCUCCUGUCUAUCGCUGUCUUCUCAUCAAAUGUGUCAUAGAGAUUAUAGACCCCAGUGUAGGACUGGACACAGAGGAGGACCUUAGUGCCCAGGAUCUCAUAGACUUCUCUCCUGUCUAUCGAGAGAUCAUAGACCCCAGUGUAGGACUGGACACAGAGGAGGACCUUAGUGCCCAGGAUCUCAUAGACUUCUCUCCUGUCUAUCGAGAGAUCAUAGACCCCAGUGUAGGACUGGACACAGAGGAGGACCUUAGUGCCCAGGAUCUCAUAGACUUCUCUCCUGUCUAUCGCUGUCUUCACAUCUACUCAGUACUGUCAUCACGAGAUGUUUUUGAAACAUACUAUCGCAAACAGAGGAAGAAGCAAGCAAGACUAGUUCUUCAACCGCCUACUAAUAUGCAUGAAUCAAUUGAUGGGUACCGAACUUACAUCUACAGCGUUGUUGGAUUUUUCGUUAUAGAAGAUCAUAUCCUCAACACAGGCAAUGGAUUAGUAAAUCGCUCAUAUCUGGAUGAAGUUUGGGGAAUGGCCCUUUCAAAGAUAAUGAAUGCUCUCAGAACCCACUCGGCAUACUGUACAGAUGCAAAUCUCAUGCUGAAGAUAAAAAAUCUGAUCAUGUUGUUCAGUACUACGCUCAGGAACUAUGGGUACUCGGUAAACCAGUUGUCUGAACUUUUGGCAGAAAUCAGAGUUCACUAUAAUGAAGUGCUCAUGAAGCGUUGGGUCCAAGUCUUCAGAGAAAUUCUCGAUGAAGAGAAUUUCCUUCCCAUUCAGGUAUCAAAUCAAAAUGAGUAUGAUGAAGUGGUCGCAAGUUUCCCUUUUCACGAUCCAACCCUUGAUAAACUUCCUUUCCCCAAAAAACUACCUUUUUCUCCUCUUGUACCAAAAGUCUAUCAGCAAGUGAAAGAGUUUAUUUAUGCUUGCCUCAAGUUUUGUGAAGACCUCAACCUCAGUCAAGGUGAGAUUGACGAUAUGAUCCGCAAGUCUACAAACCUUCUGCUCACAACGUCGUUCAGCGGAUGUUUGUCGUCCAUAUUCAGGAAGCCUUCACUGGCUCUGAUGCAGAUCAUACAAAUACUGAUAGACACUGGCUACUUGGAGGACGCCACCAGUUACUUGGAGGAGUUUGUGUCCAACAUCACAGGGUCACCGAGGGAAGGUCAGUUGGGGGCGCGGGGGCAAGGUCACCUCUUCAGAGUAGCGCGAGAUGAUGCUGAGCGUCAGAUCUGUGACAAGCUUAAAGCCAAACUGGACGAGUUCCUGGAGCUGGAGGACUACGAUUGGAUGUUGAUUGAGCCGCAAGGACACGCCUCUAGCUACGUCACCGACCUCAUAGCAUUCCUGCAUAGCACCUUCCAGUCCUUCACAAACUUGCCUCCAAAGGUUGCUCAACAAGCUUGCAAAUCAGCUUGUCAACACCUUGCCAAGUCAAUGCUGGAUUUCAUGCUUAAUGAAGAUGUGAAGCAAAUUUCAACAGGAGCAUUGCAACAGAUCAACUUGGACACAAUACAGUGUGAACAGUUUGCUGCGUCAGAGCCAGUGCCUGGGCUGGACGAGGGUGCUCUACUGCAGUAUUUUGCAGCUCUGAGACAGUUGCUGGACCUGCUCAUGUCAUGGGACUGGCCCACGUACUUUCAUGACUAUGGCCAGGAGAACAGCAAGUAUCAACUGGUCAACCCCAAUAAUGCAGUUGUUAUCUUGGAAAAGGUAAGAGAGGCGGAUAAAAAGACAAUGUUCUCAGUUCUAAAGAAGAGUGAAAGAGAUAAGAAGAAGCUUUUGGACACAGUUCUGAAGCAACUGCGGCAGCUAGCAAUAACAGCUCAACAGCAGUGAGGUUAUCUCAUCUCACCACAGGUAUUACAAUGAUGAGUAAUUGAUAUAUAUAUUACAGCUUUGUACGAGAUAGUGAUAUUAUUAUUUAAUCAAUGAUACAUUAAUAUGUUGGUAUGAACUGUCCAAAAAAUAGUACGGUAUUUAAUAUAAAAGUAGCUUUGAGGUAAUUUAUGUAAAUAUUGUAGAUAAAUUUUAAAAUGUUAAAAUAUUUAUGGUUUUACCAUACUAAAAAGUGUUCUAUAAAAAUAUGUACAGUAUAAUUGUUUUAAAAUAGCAUUAUUGUUUAAAAUAUGAAUUAAAUUAAAAGCAUAAA